AUGGAAAAUCCUACACAUUAUAUUUUGGACGAAGGAAAAAAUGCCAAGAUUAUUACGUUCAAUAAAAAUCAAGAAAAUAUGGACAUAAAACUACAAACACUUACGGAAAGACUUACAGAAAAGGAGCGUAUGCUAAAACAGUCGCAGUAUAAAAUAAAAAGUGUAGAAAAAGCAUUGAAUGAUAUAGAAAAUAAAACUUCGACUUGUCGAAGUCGUUACAAAUCUUUAAUGAGCGAUCUGAAAUUAGAUGUCCAUAAAACUGAAGAAGAGGUGAAAUCUUUACAAAGCCAGGUUUCAAAUUUGUCUCUUCGACGAGAAGAAUUAAAGAAGGAGGUUGUAAAGCAACAAGAGGAAUAUGAAAAGAUGCUUAUCCAAUUUACCAAAGAUCUAGAAAACAAAGGAACAGGAUGCGGUACGUUAAUAUUGAAAUUAUUUUGGAUUUAUUAUUAUUAUUUUUUUUUUCUUUCAUAUAGUUUCCGGGUGUGAGAAAUCCAGAUUUUCUCUUUACAAAGCUUCUGUUGGUUUUCGAUUACGGUCUAUGUAGGGAAAUAUUUCCAAAUAAAAUACUAUUUGUUUUUAAAUUUAA